AUGCUACCGCAAAAAGUCGGCGUAGUACGGGACACAGUCUCACGACUUGGGGCGCAGGCGUCAGAUAGAUCGCGGCGGGCGUCGAUGGCCGCGGGGUCUGAGAUCGCGGUCACGAGGGGUCCCGCCCGGUAUGAAGACGUUGGGCCGCUCGGAUGUGCAAUUAGCGGGCGCAGUGCGCGGCCACCGAUGCUGAGGAUAGCGGAGGCGGAGUACGAUCUGAGCGAAAUGCGCCCGGGUACAGAUUUGGCGCUGGCCGUGAUCGGCACGCGCCGCUUCUUAUCGGCAUCGGUGUGGGAACGCGCGUAUGCAGAC